GUUAGUUAAGGUUGCAGAAGUGAGCGGUCCCAUCGUUGGACAGCUUGGAGAAUCCGUCUAUAGACUGCAUUUAGAACAUUUUCAAUUCAUUCUUAAGGUCAUUGAAGAAUAUGACAAGUUAUACAUGUGCUCAUAGUUACACUUAUCAGUGUUAAGCAGGCGGAUUCUUCAGUGAAAAUGAGAAGAAGCUUUAAGAAUCUCCAAAUCCUCGCUGUAGGUCUGCUGUUCAUUUGCUUGUGGGUUCAGGAAUCAGAAUCAGCGGCUUGCCAUGGCUGCACUGGGUCAAAGUGUGACUGUAGUAACGUGAAAGGAGACAAGGGUGACAGGGGACUUCCUGGACUACAGGGCCAGCCAGGCGUACCUGGAUUUCCAGGACCAGAGGGUCCAAUUGGACCACGUGGAGAGAAGGGCGAUGACGGACCUACAGGACCCAGUGGCCCCAAAGGAAUAAGAGGCCCUCCCGGAUUACCAGGUUUCCCUGGGACACCAGGAAUUCCUGGUCUGCCAGGACAGGAUGGCCCCCCUGGACCCAGGGGAACUGCAGGCUGUAACGGAACAAAGGGUGAGAGAGGAUUCUCCGGGACUCCAGGGCUCCCAGGAAUAGAGGGACCACCAGGUCCUCCAGGAUUCCCUGGCCAAAAGGGAGAACCCGGUGAAGUAAUUGCAAUUGACCGCUACGGACAAAAAGGCGAAUUUGGACCAUCUGGUCUCCCAGGCCCUCGAGGGAUUCCUGGACCUUCUGGACUUCCAGGGCCAGUUGGUCCCCCUGGGCCUAGAGGUUAUGAGGGUCGUGCUGGGCCUCCAGGUCUGCCUGGACCAAAGGGCAACAUGGGACUGAACUUCCAGGGGCCGAAGGGAGAAAAGGGUCAGCAGGGGCCCAUAGGGCCACCAGGACCUCCUGGACAAGUCGGAGAGCAGCAGAGCCAAGGACAUACAACAUUCCAGCAAGGAGAGAAGGGUGACCGCGGCCCAAAUGGCCCUCCUGGAAAUCCUGGGCAGCCUGGACCACCUGGUAUCUCGGGAGGAUCUAAAGGAGACAAAGGAGAACCUGGCGAGUCUGGUAAAAGGGGGAAACCUGGAAAAGAUGGUGACCCAGGGCCAGCUGGAUAUCCUGGUUCAAAAGGAGACCCUGGUGCCCCAGGAUUACCUGGUCGUGAUGGCGAAAGAGGUGACAAAGGAGACCGUGGUUACCCUGGGCCUCCAGGGCAGGUGGUGACAGGACCCACGUCAACUGCAACAGGCCAGAAAGGAGACCGUGGAUUCCCUGGAAGCCCUGGAAGAAAAGGAGACAGAGGACCACCAGGUUUAACUGGACCUCCAGGCCAGCCAGGAGCGCCAGGUAUUGGAGAGCCAGGUCCUGCUGGUAGACCAGGCUUCCCUGGUGAGAGAGGCCAGAAAGGUGAAGAGGGACAACCAGGAAUUUCUUUGCCGGGGCCACCUGGGAGAAGUGGACAAUCAGGAUUACCGGGUCCUCCUGGACCACCAGGUCCCCCAGGAAGCUCCACUACUGUUGAGAACUGUCCUCUUGGUGCUCCUGGUCUACCUGGCUUACAGGGAGAUCCUGGAUAUCCAGGGGAGACUGGGCAGAAAGGUGAAAAAGGUGACACAUGUGUCAACUGUUUCUCCAGUGGAAAUCCUGUCCCUGGACCUGCAGGUCCACCUGGCGCACCUGGACUUCCAGGCUCUCCUGGAUUUCCAGGACCUAAAGGUGAAAGAGGCUACCCUGGAGGACCAGGAUCUCCAGGAUCUAGCGGUGCACCUGGGCUCCAGGGGCCGCCUGGAUUUCCCGGUGAAAAGGGUGAUCCUGGAGACGCCAUAUCUGUUUCUGGUGUAAAGGGUGAGAAGGGAGACUCAGGUUUCCCUGGACCUGCUGGCUUACCUGGCCUGGAUGGCAGACCUGGACGUGAUGGAGGCCCUGGUGCACCUGGCCCCAAAGGAGCUCCUGGCUCUCUACAGGUGAAGGGACAACCUGGUCCCUCUGGAGAACCUGGCACCCCAGGCCCUCCAGGUGACAGGGGUGCACCUGGAAGCCCAGGAUUUGGUCCACAAGGUCCUGCAGGAGAGAAGGGUAUCCAGGGAGUGUCAGGAAGACCCGGAUCCUCUGGCGCACCAGGGCCAAAGGGAGAACCUGGCAUAACCAUCCCAGAGAAAGGUGCCCCAGGGCAGGCAGGCAGAGAUGGAGAACCUGGUUUACCAGGAAGCCCAGGCACACCAGGUGGACCAGGGCAACCAGGUUUCCCAGGGUUACCUGGAGGAAAAGGAGACCCAGGUCUUCCUGGUAUUGGCUUACCUGGACCUCCUGGACCUAAAGGAUUCCCUGGCACUCCUGGAACACCAGGUUCACCUGGCUCUUCAGGGCGACCAGGUUUGGAUGGACUUCCCGGUGCCCCAGGAACACCUGGAUCAAAGGGAGAGCCGGGUUAUGGUUUGCCAGGCCCACAGGGGCCUCCUGGUUUUCCAGGUGGAAAAGGAUUUUCUGGACCUAAGGGAGACCCUGGUUUUCCAGGAAAUCCAGGUGGUCCUGGGCGCCCAGGGUUAAAUGGAGGCCCUGGCGCUAAAGGUGACAGUGGUGUUCCUGGUUUACCUGGAUCCCGUGGCCCUCCAGGUAGCCCUGCUUUCGGUGGUCCAGGAAUACCAGGUCCAGCUGGACCCCCUGGACCUAUGGGUGCCCCAGGAUAUCCCGGUGCAAAAGGAGAAUCUGGUAUACCUGGCACCCCAGGGCGGGAUAUCCAAGGGCUGCCAGGAGACAGAGGUAAUCCUGGUCUCCCUGGAUCUCCUGGAUCUGUUGGUCCAACAGGCCCACCUGGCGGAUCUGGCAGAGAUGGACUUCCUGGACUGCCUGGUCAGAAAGGAGACAUGGGUAUAAUGGGUCCUCCAGGACCUUCUGGUGGCCCCGGUGGACCAGGUGGGCCAGGAUUCCCGGGUCAAAAAGGUGAAAACGGCUAUAAUGGGAGACCAGGCAAUCCAGGUACACCUGGAGCCAAAGGAGAAAGGGGAGAUCAAGGUAUUCCUGGUGCUCCUGGUCCUGUGGCUAAUGAUCAAUUUUAUAAAGGAGCUAAAGGAGAGCCAGGCUCCCCAGGUGCGGGAGGUAUCCCAGGUCAGAAGGGUAUUGGUGGUCUUCCAGGAGAUCCUGGAAUUCCAGGUCAAGAUGGACGACCAGGAGCACCUGGACCUUCAGGUCUCAAAGGAGAUCCCGGUUUUCCUGGAAGCCCUGGUGGCCCUGGCGCUCCAGGUGCUAAGGGAGCCAUGGGUGAAAUGGGAUUCCCAGGACCCUCUGGAAUUAAGGGACUUCCCGGUACGCCAGGAUCCCCAGGAAGACCUGGCUCACCUGGAUCUCCAGGAUUUCCAGGAUCUAAGGGGGAUUCCGGUCCUCCAGGAUUUGGGGCACCAGGAAACCCAGGACCCAAGGGUGAACCUGGAACACCCGGCUAUCCAGGAAGCCCAGGACCCAAAGGACAGGCAGGUAGUCCAGGCUCACCAGGGUUCAAUGGUGGCCCAGGAGCCAAGGGUGACCCAGGGCUACCAGGAUUUCAAGGACCACCUGGUAUUCCUGGUCCAAAGGGUCUAGAUGGAACCCCUGGUCCCCCAGGUAUCAAUGGACCCCCGGGUAGGCCUGGCGAACCAGGCCGUCCUGGAUCAUCUGGUUACCCAGGAGAAAAAGGUCAAGCUGGUCGUGAUGGAAUCCCUGGACCAGAUGGAUUGAAAGGAGAUCCAGGUCCUCCCGGCUUUGGAACCCCCGGUUCCCCUGGUCUACCAGGAUUCCCAGGUCCGAAAGGAGAUAUCGGUCUUCCUGGUUCUCCUGGAAGUCCUGGUUACCCUGGAACAAAGGGCGAUGCAGGAUUUCCAGGGUCGCCUGGAGGUCCUGGAAAUGUUGGGCCACCUGGCCCUCCAGGUGUCACUGUGCAGGGACCUAAAGGUAACCAGGGUCCUCCCGGUGCUCCCGGAAGACUUGGUCCUGAAGGUCCACCAGGUCCCCCAGGUCCUGAAGGCCCGCGUGGUCUCCCAGGCAGCGGAGGUGUUAAGGGAGACAAGGGCUUCCCUGGAACCCCUGGUAACCCAGGAUUUCCUGGACCGAAGGGUGAAUAUGGUCCUACUGGAUUGCCGGGGACUCCAGGUAGCCCAGGAUUCCCUGGAUCGAAAGGAGAUAACGGAUCUCCUGGUGUUCCAGGAUUCCCAGGACCUAAAGGCCUGCCAGGUCCUGGUGGUCUCCGUGGUCCUCCUGGUGACCCUGGUAGCUUAGGUCUCACAGGUCCCCCAGGUGAACCAGCUGUGCCUCCAGCUCCUAUUGUAGUGAAGGGAGCUCCUGGUCCCCCAGGCAACCCUGGUCUGCCUGGCAACAGAGGGCCUCCUGGUGCCCCUGGAUUGGAAGGCUUGUCCGGCCCACCCGGAGAACCUGGAAAUCCUGGUCCCGAAGGCCCUCCAGGAUUCAGCGGACCUCCUGGAAGGAAAGGAGACAUCGGACCAGCAGGACAGCCAGGUCAGCGUGGGUACCCUGGUCCUCCAGGCUCCGAUGGUUUACAAGGUCAACCUGGUCUCCCUGGACCGGGGUCAGUGGCCCACGGCUUCCUGAUCACACGCCACAGCCAGUCUACGGACGUCCCCACAUGCCCUCAAGGCACCAGUGCCAUCUAUGAUGGCUACUCACUACUGUACGUGCAGGGUAAUGAGCGCGCUCACGGACAAGAUCUCGGUACGGCAGGCAGCUGUCUGAAGCGCUUCAGCACCAUGCCCUUCAUGUUCUGCAACAUCAACAACGUGUGCAACUUUGCGUCGCGUAACGACUACUCAUACUGGCUGUCCACUCCUGAGCCCAUGCCCAUGAGCAUGUCCCCCAUCACCGGGGGCAACAUCAGGCCUUUCAUCAGCAGGUGUUCUGUUUGUGAAGCUCCGGCUAUGGUGAUUGCCGUGCACAGCCAGACCAUCCAGAUUCCCUCGUGCCCACAGACGUGGGAGCCCUUGUGGAUUGGCUACUCCUUCAUGAUGCACACCAGCGCAGGGGCAGAGGGUUCAGGUCAGGCCCUGGCCUCUCCUGGGUCUUGUCUGGAGGAGUUCCGGUCCUCACCCUUCAUCGAGUGCCACGGGCGAGGCACCUGCAAUUACUACGGCAAUUCUUACAGCUUCUGGUUGGCAACUGUGGAUGCAAACGACAUGUUCAGGAAGCCACAGUCAGAGACACUGAAAGCAGGAAACCUGUCGUCGCGUGUGAGUCGUUGUGUGGUCUGUAUGAAGAGGACGUAACACAGCGUGUUAGCGUCAAGGGCCGAUAGCUGUAGUGACAACGUCAGCAGCAGAUGGAUGGUGCAUUGUCUUUAAGUCAAACUCUAUGGUGCUACUGUGCAACACAGCAACAAAAAAAACUGUUAUAAAAUGAAUUUAUUAUACUUUUUUUGAAAGAAGUACCUCAUUAAGAAAAUGCAAACAAUCCCAGAAUUGUGCCAAGGUGGCAAAAGUGCAUUUAGUUUUUCUUUUUCUGUCCCGGAGAGAUUUUUUUCCUUCACAUGAAAGUCAUUUUCUUAAAAUAUUUUUGAUGUUGGUACAGAGAUGGUACGUUUUUUGAGACAGAAAUGCUCCUUUUUCUUUUUUUUCUUUUCUAUAAUGGAGUGGAAUUGUCUCGAUUUUACCAAAUCGGCACUUUUGAUCAUCAAAGAGAACAAAUGCACUGAAGAGCUACAUUAGUGAGACUGCGUUUUUUUUUAUGCUUCAAAACAUUUCUCUCUUCUCUCCAUCACUUGUUGCUUUCCCUUUGUUGGUGGUAACUUUACUAAUUCUGCUGUGUCCACAACUGGUUAACUCCCUAUAGACAUUUUUCCUCCUAUUGUAAGUAAUGAAAUGUGUAUAUUGUGUAAAACACCUUUUUAGUGUUAGGCAUAAAAAUGGUAGGCACUGUCAUGAAUUCCUGGGUGUUUUCACUCAGUCAUUCACACUCACUAAUUCAUUCAUGUGCUCACUCACAUACUUACACGUUCACUUACACAAGCAUUGUAAAAAUUGUGUGUGUUAUAAAUGAAACAGUAUUUUUAUAUAUAUAAAUAUAUAUAUAUAAGAAAAAAAUACAGACUAUAUAUAUACAAGCCUUUCAGCUAAACAACACUGGGAAGUUCUUUAAUACGGUAAAUAUUUCCUUACAUUAAAUAAGAUUUCACAUACUACAGAUAUUUGAGUGGCUGUCUCCCAGAAAGCUUUCCCUGUCAAAGGUCCAAGAAUAUUUACAAAACAAUUAUGCUGUAUGUUCAAGAUUUUUUUAUGCUACUUUAACAAAAUAUUUUCUGGGAGGAUAUAGAUCUUCCUGCAAUUGAUCUUAAUCUCUUGAAUACAAUAAAAUAUUAGAGAUAUGGAUAUUUUCUUUCGCUGGUCUUAGUUGUGUUUCAGUGUGUUAUUGUACAUAUGUGGGAAGAUACAAACGGAACGAGGGCCAAUAAUUCCUAUGACUAUUUUCUCUUGGAUUUUAGUCACUUUGGGGUGCAAGAAUAUGUAUUAAUUUCAAGAACUGUUUUAUUCAUGUUUAUUAUCCAGAAGUUGUUAUACAAUUUUAAGACUGAAAUAAAGAAAUACAAAACUCUA